GGGGGGGUCUCCCAUGGGGACCAUAACCACCAGGUACAGCAAAGAGCUGAUGCCAUCUCAAACAGCAAAGGGCUGGGGGAGCCCUAGUGCAGAGGGGGAAGCGCUUGGGCCAGGCCAGCGAGGGAUCUGCACCAGGGCAAGGGCAGCCCCGGAGUGGGGUGGCCCAAGGGCAGCCUGCUGUGUCACCUAGUGCCACCUCUGACCCCUGCUGUCCUCCGGGCCAGGCUGGAACCCCAGCCCGGCACAGCCACGUGUCUCACUGCAGUGUCCCAUUGGGCUAGGGCUGUGGCAGGGGCCAUUAAGGUCAUCACCCUGGGGGAGCACAUGGCCGUCACCCCCUGAGGACACUGUGGCUGGCACCAGGGGCAGUGGGUGGCUGGCACCCCCCGGCGCCCUACAGCGACCCCCUGGCAAGUGUAUGGCCACCGAAUGGGGGACCCCAUGGCAUUGCCCCAUGGGGUGUCGCAGGGCCCCGGACCCCCGGCAUCCCCAGCCCCCACCCCGUGGGGCUCCCGCGGCCACUCCCGGGGAUGCCACGGCCAUCACGCCACCGGCAUCCCGCGGCCGUUCCCCGGGGAGGGGGAAUUCCUUUGGCCGUGCCCGCUCCCCUAACCCCGUGCGGGGCCCUGCCGGUAGCCCCCGCUCAGCGGCGGGUGCCGGGGAGGGGGGUGUGGGGGCCCGCCGGCUCCGGGUCCCUCCCCGAGCCGAGGGCGGGGCGGAGCGGCGGGGCGGGAGUCCGGGCGGGGCGGUGCGCGGCGGCGGCGCGGGAGCGCUCACCGGAGACAAAGGCAGCGCCGGGAGGCGGCGGCGGCGCCGCGCACCGGGCCCCCUUCCCCCCUGCUUCUCGCCGCCGCCGCCCUAUGGAGCCGCCGCCCGCCGCCUGAGCCACGUGCGCCGCCGCCGCCGGGCCCCCUCCCAGCGAUGGGCAGCAGGACCCUGCCGGCCCCAUUCCCCCGUCGCCCACCCUGCCAGCCCCCUGCCCCACCACCCACCCAGCGCACCCAGGCCUGACCCACCCGCUCCAGCCCCCCCGGCUCCAUGGCGAGGAUGGACCCCUGACGGCAGGCGCCCACGAGCUGGAGGAGACGCCGCCGGCUACCUGCGGCGGCGGGUGAAGCGGCAGCAGGAGGAGCGGCUGCGGGAGCAGAGCCUGCGCGCGCUGGAGCUGGAGCCGCUGCACUACGAGGGUUACGGGGGCAGCCCCCCCGGCAUCGCCAUUCCCCACCGCCUGCGCCUCGAGCCCCACCAUCAUCACCCCCACCACAUCCCGCCCCCCCGGCCCUGGAGCUGCCGGCAUGAGUCAGACCUGUCAAAGCCGCCGUGCUAUGAGGAGGCACUGCUGAUGGCAGAGCCCCCCCCACCGUACAGUGAGGUGCUGAUGGACACACGGGGGCUCUACCGCAAAAUCAAUGCCCCCUUCCUGAGCCAUGAGCGGCUGGAGAAGCAGGAGCAGCCCCCCAGCUACAAACCCCUUUUCCUGGACGCCGGUUACGGUUCGGCGUUGCACCUGCCCCGCUCGGCCAGCCCCAGCCCUGCCUGCCCGGACCUCUACCUGCAGGCAGAGUGCUCCCCCCGCAUGUUUCCCAGCUGGACGGACUCAGAGCUCAGCAGCAGGGACACCUACGAGCCAGGACCCUGGCACCUCCCCGUCUCCAUGCCCCUCUUCGGCAGGACUACCGCUGUCUAACGGCGGCCCCAGGGACCCCCAGACCUUGCCGCAGGUGCCCCUCCAGCACCAGAGUGGUGGGUGGUUGGGUUGCCUGUGUCACCUCGGGGACGCCUGCCCCGGCGCGGGCCAUCGCCGCCAGCACGGAAGGGGCUGGUUCCCCAUCUGGCCCCUGCUGGCCCCCCCAUGGCCGGGGGCGCUGGGGACCCAGACUCUGCUCUGUUUCUUAAAAUUUUUUGUUUGUUACAGUUUGAGAAUAAAAGUUUGUGGCUCGG